CACCACUAAACGACGACGUGAAUCCUUAUGUCUAUCUCUUUUUCAGAUUGACUUCAAUCCUAGUCUUCUUUGCAAGUUGCAGUCUUGCAACUCCAGCACCCAUUACCAGUUACCGGUUUUGCCCCCAGGAAUGCUGCAACAUUUGACGUUCUCUCUGAAAGUACUCCUAUAGAAUAGAGAAUUGAUGGGUGGGAUAACUUCAAAAGCUAGUACAUCGAGACAGUCUUCUUUUGCGUCUAGAUCAUCUUCUUGGAAUCAUCAGAAUUAUGAACAGGCGCCGUAUGCACAACCAUAUGCACCUCCAAGCCACGACGCUGGGCAACAGCAGCAUUAUGCACCUCCAUCUCAAAGCUAUGGUGGCGGUGCUUGGGCAUCAGAGUCAAAAAAGAAGUUGGAAAGAAAGUAUUCGAAGAUAGAUGAUAAUUACAACAGCCUGGACCAGGUCACAGAUGCAUUGGCGCGUGCUGGUCUAGAGUCGUCAAAUCUUAUUGUUGGUAUUGAUUUCACAAAGAGCAAUGAGUGGACAGGUGCUAGGUCAUUUCACCGGAAAAGCUUGCAUCACAUUGGAGAAGAGCAAAAUCCCUAUGAACAAGCAAUAGCAAUUAUUGGGAAAACAUUAUCUUCCUUCGAUGAGGAUAACAUGAUUCCUUGUUAUGGAUUUGGAGAUGCAUCAACCCACGACCAAGAAGUUUUCAGUUUCUACCCGGAUGAGGACACUUAUUGCAACGGAUUUGAAGAAGUUUUAAGACGAUAUAGAGAAUUAGUCCCUCAGCUACGACUUGCUGGGCCCACAUCAUUUGCCCCUAUCGUUGAAAUGGCCAUCACUAUAGUUGAACAGAGUGGUGGUCAGUAUCAUGUGUUAGUGAUAAUAGCUGAUGGGCAGGUGACUAGAAGUGUUGAGACUGGUCGUGGCCAGUUAAGCCCACAGGAAAAGAAAACCGUUGACGCAAUUGUCAAAGCAAGUGAGUACCCAUUGUCAAUUAUAGUGGUUGGAGUUGGAGAUGGACCAUGGGACAUGAUGAAAGAAUUUGAUGAUAACAUUCCUGCACGAGCCUUUGAUAACUUUCAGUUUGUGAAUUUUACAGACAUUAUGUCAAAGAAUACAGACCGCUCAAGAAAAGAAGCAGAAUUUGCUCUUGCAGCCUUGAUGGAAAUACCCUCUCAGUAUAAAGCAACGCUAGAGCUUGGUAUAUUGGGUGUUACAAGAGGGAAGGCUGUAGAUAGGAUCCCACUUCCCCCUCCUCAUUAUGGUUCGGCUUCUUUUGGCACCUCAAAACCUUCACGUGCAAAUAGUUAUCGUCCAACUGCACCUUCCAGGCCACAACAUCAGGAUGUUAGCAAUAGCAGAGUGCCUCCUGCUGCUUCUGCUUCCUCUUCUGCUUCUGACAAUCAUGUCUGUCCCAUUUGCCUAACUGAUCCAAAGAAUAUGGCAUUUGGUUGUGGACAUCAGACAUGCUGCGACUGUGGACAAGAUCUUCAGUUAUGCCCGAUUUGCAGAAGCACUAUUGAAACCAGGAUAAAGCUCUAUUGAGUGUUAGUUCACCCAAAUUCUCCCAAGAAAGAGUUGUGCCCGAUUUGCAGAAGCACCAUCGAAACCAGGAUAAAGCUCUAUUAAGUGUUAGUUCACCCAAAUUCUCUCAAGAAAGUGUUGGUUUGCCUGAGUUCUUGACCCCUCCUUUUUCAACCCCAACCCAAUUUCAUUUCUUUGCAAUUUUCUUUCAUCCGGAGGAACUCGGUCCCUGUACAUAUCUCAAGUCUUUGUGGAUUUCGCAUUAUAUCUAUUAGCCUAAACAACUCCAAAUGAACGUCUACAAGUGGAGGUCUUGGUUGACAAGUGUGGUUAGAAUUGCUGCUAUUUCUUAGUUCUGUAUUUGUUGGAAUUUGUUUUUUUCCCCCCUUUUUUGGGUUAAUAUUUGUGCAUUUCUUCUUGGUCCACUUAAAUUCAAUGUAUAAAAAUUAUUGUCAUUGGUAUGUACACAAUAUUAGUCAAUAAAGUUCACCUUUUGACCAUUA